AUGCUGGAGGAAGGCUGUAUAGCGUUCAGCGUAUACUGCCUCACAGCUGGUGCGGAUAAAUGCAAGAUGAGGCGCAACACCGGGUUCAACACUGCAUUGGAUUUGGCAUCUGUAGCGCUGUUCAAUGAGUGGCGGGUAUUGAGUGUUGCGUUUGAGAAAGCGAUGGGCUGGUGUGCGUGCGUGUUGGGGGUGGCUGGAUACUAUGUGCUGGUUCAUGCUGGGGUGUAUAGCGUUCAGCGUAUAUUGCCACACACAGCUGGCUGUGUAGCGUUCGGCUUGUAUUGCCACGCAGGAAGUGCGGAUAAAUGCAAGAUGAGGCUUAGCUGCGUGUUAAACAGUGCAUUGGAUUUGGCAGCUGCAGCGUUGCGUAUGGCGUGGGGGGCGAGGGCAUUUAGUGUUGCGUGUGAGGACGCGAUGCGCUGGUGUCCGUGCGCGUUGAUGGUGGCUGGAUACUCUGCAGCGAUGCGCAUUGAGCGCGGGUGGGGGUAUCCAGGGGUGCGUUUGAGGAAGCGAUGCGCUGGUGUGGGCGGUGCGGAUAAAUGCAUAAUCAGGCUUAGCUGCGUGUUAAACAGUGCAUUGGAUUUGGCAGCUGCAGCGUUUUGCAUUGACUGGGGGCUGGGGGUAUUUAGUGGUGCGUUUGAGGGAGCGAUGGGCUGGUGUGCUUGCACGGGAAUGACGGCUGGAGACUGCUUGCCGGUUCAUGGGCAAGAGGGGCAGCUAAUGUUGGUGGAAGGUCAGGGGUUGUGUAUGUGGAGCGAUGUGUCAAUUUGUGUGAGCAGGUAUUUAGUGGUGCGUUUGAGGAAGCGAUGCGCUGGCGCGGAUGCGCGCUAA